AAAAAAUUCCUCAGAUUAGUUGGUAAAGUCAUAAAUGAACGCCAAACCAUGAUUUUUCUCGAAGCUUUUUUGGAAGUUAUCAGGAAAUUCACAACACAACAUCUGCAAAGGCCAAAGCUCAAUUCAUUAACGAGCCUUUCACUGUCUACUUUGCCCUGGUGCCCACGUUAUAGAGGUAGAUUGGCUCUCGAUUGAUUUUUAGAUUUUAAUAUGAGAGAAAAAAUGGAAGAUAGCAACUGCAAGAUCAUAGCGCAAGCUUCACUGCUGGGCCAUGGCCCCGGCAACUUUACCAGUGGCGGCCGGUACCCUAUGAAAAUCCUUUGUUAAGACUUGUAUUAGUAAACAACUAGUCCAGAUUGUUUUGUGUUUUUUUGGAUGUCUUUAUCAGUUCCUUUCAUUUUGAAUUAGGCUGGAAACACGUUCACAUUAGCUGAAGAAAUUAAACUCCUCUGUUCAGGGUUGCCAUGGCUUGCUUUUCGAGGCUUUCAUAUUGUUUUGUAUUUUCUGGGUUAUUUUAUUGUACUUAAACUUCUUUCUUCUUAAUUAAAAAUUUUAACCUUUUGGACUUUGUUGCUAAUUUGGUACCCUAACACUACAGUCUUUUUUGACAAGCUUAAAAGAUUUCCUGGAAAUCAAAAUGUCUAUAUGCAUUAUAUAUCACUAUAACUAUGCUGGGCCAAUUUUGGCUAAAAUGUAACAGCAAGAGCUUGAAGUUAAGCAUGAGGAGUUCUUUAGGGGGCUUCAGAAUCCUGGUUAUAUGCCUGUUUCUGGUUUGUUCCAUAAGAACUGUCACUGCAGAAGACACAAUUUCUAUGGGCCAAUCUAUUAGAGACGGGGAGACAGUAGUUUCAGCAGGAGAAAGCUUUGAACUUGGGUUCUUCAGUCCAGGAACAUCAAAUAGCAGAUACUUGGGGAUUUGGUAUAAGAAAAUUUCACCUGGGACAGUUGCUUGGGUUGCUAAUAGAGAUUCUCCACUUUCUGAUCUCUCAGGAGUUCUUAGUAUUAAUCUUCAGGGAGAUCUUGUGCUUCUCAAUAGCACAAAUUACACUAUUUGGUCAUCAAAUUCGUCGAAAACAGCUCAGAAUCCUGUCGCCGUGCUCUUAGAUUCAGGAAACCUUGUUUUGAAAGAUAAAAAUGAUGAUGAUAGCACAGACAACUUUUUGUGGCAGAGCUUCGAUUAUCCAUCUCAUACUUUAUUACCAGGUAUGAAACUUGGCAUAAACUUUGUUACAGGUUUGAACAGGUUUUUGUCAUCCUGGAAGAGCUUAGAUGAUCCUUCUAAAGGAGAUUACACAUUUGGCAUAGACCCUGAUGGGUAUCCGCAAGCAUAUCUUAGAAAGGGAUCAGAUAUACUAUUUAGAUCAGGUUCCUGGAAUGGUCUUCAUUGGACAGGAGCUUCAACACUGAAACCAAAUUCAGUCUAUACUUACGAGUUUGUAUUGAAUGAGAAUGAAGUGUACUACAAAUUUGAAAUCCUGAAUAAUUCAGUCCCUUCAAGGAUGGUGCUGAGCCCUUCAGGUCAGUUGCAGCGUUUCACAUGGAUAGAUCGAGCGGGAAGAUGGGCUCCAUAUUCUGCAACAAUGAGUGAUCAGUGUGACAAUUAUGACCUGUGUGGUGCAUAUGCUAGUUGUAACAUUAAUAACCCUCCAGGUGUAUGUGGUUGCCUGGAUGGAUUCUCACCAAAAUCUCCAGGAGAUUGGAAUAUCUUCGAUUGGUCCGAUGGGUGUGUUCCAAGGACUCCAUUAAACUGCAGUGAGACUGGAGAUGGCUUUUUGAAGGUUUCGGCUGUAAAAUUGCCGGAUACGAGUCAUUCAAAGGCUGAUAAGAACAUCAGUCUUUUGGAAUGUGACAAACUCUGUCUUGACAAUUGCUCUUGCACAGCAUAUGCAAAUUUAGAUGUCAGAGAUGGGGGAAGUGGUUGUUUGCUCUGGUAUGGUAACCUCAUUGACAUAAGAGAUUAUUCUGACAGUGACAGUGGGCAAGAUCUCUAUGUUAAGAUGGCUGCUUCAGAACUAGAUAUAAUUAGGAAAAGAGGGCAAUUCAGUAAGAAGCAUGUGGUGAUCAUAGUAACAUCUGUAAUUGCAGCCAUGGGAGUCCUUGCAAUAGGAUGUAUCGCAUAUAUGCUGAGAAAGGAACUGAAGAAUCAAGGGAGGACUGAGAACACCCAUCAAUUUUUAGACCAAAGCAAUAAAGACAGCAGGGAAAGUGAAAUGGAACUGCCAAUGUUUGAUUUAACCACCAUAGCUAACGCCACUAACAACUUUUCAAACAAUAACAAGCUGGGAGAAGGUGGUUUUGGGCCUGUUUACAAGGGUAAGUUGAUAGAGGGACAAGAAAUUGCAGUUAAAAGGCUUUCAACAACUUCUGGACAAGGAAUGGUAGAGUUCAGAAAUGAAGUUCUUCUGAUUGCUAAACUUCAGCACCGAAAUCUUGUAAAGAUUCUUGGUUGUUGCAAUCAUCAAAAUGACAGAAUGUUAGUUUACGAAUACAUGCCCAACAAAAGCUUGGACAACUUUAUUUUUGAUGAAAAAAGAAGGAAAUUACUGGAUUGGGGCAAGCGCAUCAAUAUUAUUGAGGGAAUUGCCAGAGGGCUUCUUUAUCUUCAUCAAGACUCUAGAUUGAGAAUUAUACAUAGAGACCUGAAAGCUAGUAAUGUGUUAUUAGAUCAUGAAAUGAAUCCCAAAAUUUCAGAUUUUGGCAUGGCUAGGACAUUCUGGGGUGAUCAAACUGCAGCAAACACAAGUAAAAUUGCAGGAACAUAUGGUUAUAUGUCUCCUGAAUAUGCAGUAGACGGGCUCUUUUCAGUAAAAUCUGAUGUCUUCAGCUUUGGCGUUUUAGUACUGGAGAUAGUAAGUGGAAAAAGAAACAGAGGAUUUCAAAACCCUCAGCACAACCACAACCUUCUUGGACAUGCAUGGAAACUGUGGAUUGAAGGGAGGCCAUUGGAGCUAAUUGAUGAAUCUUUGGAUGAGGCUUGCCCAUCGCCUGAAAUAUUAAGGUGCAUUCAUGUUGGUCUGCUAUGCGUGCAACAGGCACCUGAAGACAGGCCAAUUAUGGCAUCUGUUGUUCUGAUGCUGGGUGGUGAAAGAUCAUUGCCUCAACCGAAACAGCCUGGUUUUUUCACAGAAAGAAAUCUGCCUGAAUCCUUGGAGUCCUCAACAAGCAAGCAUAAAUUUUCUUCAAACAAUGAAAUCACAUUCUCAUUGUUAGAGGCUCGUUAAGUGUAUGAUGUCAAUCCAGUAUUCUUCUAUCUAACAUAGUCCUCUUAAUCAUUUUAUACGACUUGAGUUUGUAGAAUAAUUUUAUUUAUUUAUUUUUGUCCAAAAUCUA